GAAAUAUUGUUUCAUUCUUCGACGAUAAUGUAUAAACUGGAUUCAUUUUAGUUCUUAAAGAGUUAUUGAUACGUUAGAGAAGAAGGAUGCAGCAACGGAAUGCAGAUCUUCAUCAAUCACCUGAGCAACAACAACAACAACAACAACUAAAUAAUCUAAAUCGUCCAGGACUAAAUCAUAAUCGCAUUAUGGCCGGCUCCAAUAAUUUUCCAGGUGGUGGUUGUGGUGAAAACCCAAUUAGUCCACGUUCAACCCAGCGACAACAACAUCAUCGUCCACUAGUACAGCAACAACAACAACAACAAUUGCUCCGUCUGUCAUCAGCUGGUGCUGUGACCAUUUUUCAUAGACGAUCCCAGCGUCCGAAUCGUGUGUUAGCCGGUUCAGCAAAUGCCAUAACUUUAGAGAAUGAACUUGCUUUAAUGCCAGCCAAUUCACGUUUACGUGAAAUAAUACGCAAAUAUCCAUUAUGGUUACCCGAAUACCGCAGACGGGCCUUUAAUGCCUCUAUGGAUGAGAAAUAUGUGGAGACCAUAUGGGCCAGUUUAAAAAAUGCCAUACAAGAGAUACAAAAGAAAAACAAUUCUGGCCUAUCGUUCGAGCAACUAUAUCGUAAUGCCUAUAAUAUGGUCCUACAUAAGCAUGGAAAUCGCUUAUAUUAUGGCCUACGUGAGGUUGUCUCUGAACACUUGGAACAUAAAGUUCGUCAAGAGGUUUUAGAGAGUUUGCAUAGCAAUUUCUUACCCAAAUUGAAUCAAGCCUGGACAGAUCAUCAAACAUCAAUGGUUAUGAUCAGAGAUAUUCUGAUGUAUAUGGAUCGUGUCUAUGUUCAACAGCGUGAAGUGGAUAAUGUUUAUAAUUUGGGUUUAAUACUCUUUAGAGAUCAGGUGGUACGCUUCUCGGAAAUUCAAAAGGCUUUGCGUGAGAAACUCUUGGGCAUGGUCAUGGAGGAGCGUCACGGUGAGGCGAUUAAUCAUUUGGCCAUUAAGAACGCAUGCACUAUGCUCAUUACACUUGGCAUCAAUUCCCGGACUGUAUAUGAAGAGGAUUUCGAGAAACCGUUUCUCUCUCAAUCGGCUGCAUUCUAUAAAUUUGAAUCACAAAACUUUCUUGCCGAGAAUAACGCUGGCGUUUACAUCAAGAAAGUGGAGGCUCGCAUCACCGAGGAAUCAUCGCGGGCGGCCCUAUAUUUGGACAAGGAUACCGAACCGCGAAUUGUUCGUGUUGUUGAGGAGGAAUUAAUUAAGAAACAUAUGCGUACCAUAGUCGAAAUGGAAAAUUCUGGUGUUGUCUAUAUGAUCAAGAAUUCGAAAACUGAAGAUCUAGCAUGCACAUACAAAUUGUUCUCAAGAUUAAAAGAGGAAGGCCUUAAGGUGAUAGCCGACACAAUGUCGGCAUAUUUACGAGAACAAGGACGCAUGCUGGUUAAAGAGGAGGAGAAUGGCAACACAAAUCCCAUAACAUUUGUGCAAAAUCUAUUAGAUCUCAAAGAUCGUUUCGAUCAAUUUCUAGUGCAUUCGUUUAGCAAUGAUCGCAUCUUUAAGAAUGUCAUCUCAUCGGAUUUUGAACAUUUUCUCAAUUUAAAUAACAAAUCACCAGAGUAUUUAUCGCUCUUUAUUGAUGAUAAACUGAAAAAGGGUGGCAAGGGAAUGAGCGAACAGGAAAUUGAAACCAUAUUGGAUAAGACAAUGGUGUUAUUCCGUUUCCUACUGGAGAAGGAUGUGUUCGAACGUUAUUAUAAGACGCAUUUGGCCAAACGAUUGCUGCUCAAUAAAUCAGUCUCAGAUGAUUUUGAAAAGAACAUGAUAUCCAAACUAAAGACUGAAUGUGGCUGUCAAUUUACCUCAAAACUAGAGGGCAUGUUCAAGGAUAUGUCCGUGUCCAAUACUAUAAUGGAUGAGUUCAAGGGUUUUGUAAAUAAUAAUAAUUUAUCUUUGGGCGGUGUGGAACUAACAGUUCGCAUCUUAACUACUGGCUUUUGGCCCACACAGACAGCAACUCCCAAUUGCAAUAUACCAUCAGCGCCGCGUGAAGCCUUUGAGAUCUUUAAGAAUUUCUAUUUAAAUAAACAUUCAGGCCGUCAAUUGACGUUACAACCGCAAAUGGGUACUGCCUACAUAAAUGCCGUAUUUUAUGGCCGUAAAACAGCAAACGAAAGCGAGAAAGACAAAGAUGCCCCCAGCUCUAGUUCAAGCGGUGGUACUACUGGGCCAACAACAACGCGGAAGCAUAUAUUGCAAGUCUCAACUUAUCAGAUGUGUGUUUUGCUGCUCUUCAAUAAUCGCGAUAUACUCACUUAUGAUGACAUACACCAAGAAACAGAUAUACCCGAACGUGAACUGGUUAGAGCAUUACAAUCGCUAUCAAUGGGCAAACCAGCGCAACGUUUAUUAGUUAGAAAUUCAAAGACGAAAACAAAAGAUAUUGAACCAACAGAUGAGUUCUAUGUGAACGAUGCGUUUGUCUCCAAAUUCCAUAGGGUAAAAAUCCAAACAGUUGCGGCUAAAGGUGAAUCAGAACCCGAGCGCAAAGAGACCAGAGGCAAGGUCGAUGAGGAUCGUAAGCAUGAAAUUGAAGCGGCAAUUGUACGAAUAAUGAAGGCACGCAAACGUAUGGCGCACAAUUUACUGGUAUCGGAUGUAACAUCACAAUUGAAGUCUCGUUUCUUGCCAUCGCCUGUGUUCAUUAAGAAGCGCAUUGAAGGUCUUAUUGAGCGUGAAUAUCUGCAACGAUCGGCUGAGGAUCGCAAAGUUUAUAACUAUUUGGCUUAAGGGCGUCGUGUCAACGUUUCUUCAUAUAUAUAUAUAUAUAUAUAUAUAGAUAUACAUGCAUAAAUUAGCAUCAAAAUUUCACCAUUCUCAUAAGCAUCAUAAAAACUCAACCAUAAACCACAAUAACUAUAAAACAAGAGAAUCAUAUAUAUGUAUAUAUAUAUAUAAUUGACCAAAAUGUUAAUAUAUAUGCAUAUACACACACACCUAUAUACAUAUAUAUAUAUAUAUAUAUAUAAAUAGAUAGAUGCAUUUGACCUCAAUUUAGAUUUCGAUUAUUUUUGAAAGAUUUUCAAAUUCAACAGUUUCAAACGAAAAACAAAAAAAGAAACUCGAAAAACUUUAAGGAAAUCAAUUUGCUCUUGUUGUACACAUAUAUAUAUAUAUAUAUAUAUGUAUAUGUGUAUAUGCCGUUCAUUUACACACUUUUGGCCAUUUAUUUCAUUUAACACACACGAACAAGAUGUAAAGCAAUAAGCCCAAAAAAGAAAUAAGAGAAAAGAACUAGAACUCAGCCCUUUCCGACGGAUGAAAAACAACAAAAAUUUAAAAAAUUGUACGCAAAGCUAAAUAAGAAUAGAAUUGCAAAUGCAAAAUCCCCCCUCCCUUUAAUCGUAAGCAGCAAAAACAAAAAAUUAUAUAUAUAUAUAU